AUGGCAAGACUCAAGGCAGAAAUCAAUGCUUUUGAACAAAAAGAAAGCGAAACUUUAUACGAGGCUUGGGAACGAUUCAAGGGAUUACUCAGGAAGUGUCCUCAACAUGGAAUUGAAGCAUGGGAGAAAGCAAGAAUCUUUUUCCAAGGGAUGACAUCCAGCACAAGAACACUGGUGAAUGCUGCUAUAGGAGGCUCCCCGAAAACAAAAACUCCUGUGGAAGCACUUGAACUGUUGGAAUCAUUAGCAUCUCAAGAAUUUGACAAUGCUCCAGCCCCAGUUGCACCAAGAAGAUCAGGAAUCAUGAAGCUUGAAGGCUAUGAUGAGGCUCAUGCAAAUGAGGAUUGUGAAUACAUAAGAGCAGCGGAAAAGCCACUAGCAGAGGUCAAUGGACUCUGGUAUGAUCAAAAGAAUCAGAAUCAACAUCCAGGGUUGAGUUACAAGUCAAAUUACCAGCUGAAUCCUCCUUUGCCAUUGCAACAACAACAACAACCUCCACAAUCAGAGUGGGAAAAAAGAGGAGACAAGAGCCUCAUUCUGGAAUCAAGAAGCUUCGAUCCGGAACUUGGAGACUCGCUGUCAAGACAGUUCACUGAAAGGGCUCAUGGUGCUUUGCCAAGCAACACAAUUGUCAAUCCAAGGGAGCAUUGCAAUGCUAUCACCACUAGGAGUGGGACAAUAAUUCAGCCUAUAGAGGAACAACCCGAAAAAAAGAAGAAGGAUGGAAAAGCAUCAGAUGAAGAAGAGAAGGAAGAAAAGGCAAAGGAUACAAUUGAAGUUGACAAAAACAAUCCUGAAAAAGCCGAAAAUAAACUAUUCAAGUGGGAGAAGAAGAAAGCUCUAGAAAGACAGAACAAGCCAUUGGAUCUCUCCCCAUAUGCUCGAAUACCUUAUCCUCAGAGAUUAAAGAAAGAGAUUCAGAAGCAGCAACAUUCAAAGUUUCUAGACAUAUUCAGGAAAUUGCAGAUUAACAUUCCUUUUGCCGAAGCUUUGGAGAACAUGCCCAACUAUGCAAGGUUCAUGAAGGAUCUAUUAUCAAGGAAACUUGGUGCACCGCCUCUGCUUUAUGGAGACUUUGUUUCUACGUUUCCUGCAAAGUGA